GCAGAGAGCCUUAUUAGGGGAUUUAAAUCUCCAGCAGACAGCUCCGGAGAAGAAAUAGCAGCAGAGAGCUGAGAAUUAGUGGGCAUCGCUAGCAAGGCAUUGCAAGGGGCACAGAGAGAGAGAGAGCAGCCGAGACACCGAUCCUCUGUCACUCCCUACACAGGAGCAGCAAGCAUCCUACAUUGUGAUUUAAGGAGCUCCUACUACACCCCAGCAGCCUGUGUGUUGUAUGAUCAGGAGCACCUAGUAGGAGAGGGAUUGCCUGCACUUUCCUAUCGCAAGGAUGUCAGUUCAGUGGGUGACAGCUGCUUUCUUCCUGGGUGUUGUCUGCAGUAUCCUCGCCGCUAAAGUAAACAAGCACAAACCUUGGAUUGAGACCUCAUAUCAUGGAGUUAUCACCGAGAACAACGAUACAGUUAUAUUGGAUCCACCUCUCGUCGCACUGGACAAAGAUGCCCCAGUUCCGUUUGCAGGGGAAAUCUGUGCUUUUAAAAUCCAUGGUCCGGAUACACCUUUUGAGGCUGUUGUGCUGAACCGGACAUCUGGGGAAGGUCGACUCAGAGCUAAAGGACCUAUAGACUGUGAACUACAAAAGGAGUACACAUUCAUCAUCCAGGCGUAUGACUGUGGGGCCAGUCCAAGUGGGGCAAACUGGAAGAAGUCACACAAGGCUGUGGUUCACAUCCAGGUUAAUGAUGUGAAUGAAUUUGCUCCUGUUUUUAAAGAAAACACAUACAGGGCAACAGUAACUGAGGGAAAAAUAUAUGACAGUAUCUUGCAAGUGGAAGCAAUAGAUGAGGACUGCUCUCCUCAAUACAGCCAGAUCUGCAACUAUGAGAUUGUUACAAGUGAUGUGCCAUUUGCAAUUGACAGGAAUGGCAACAUCAGGAACACAGAGAAGCUGAGCUAUGAUAAGCAGCACCAGUAUGAGAUUAAAGUCACGGCAUAUGACUGCGGCCAGAAGCAUGCAGCGGAAGAGGUCAUUGUGAAGGUGGAUGUAAAGCCAGUGUGCAAGCCUGGGUGGCAAGAUUGGGAGAAAAGGAUUGAAUACAACAUUGGUUCUGGAAGUGUUGCACUAUUUCCGAAUAUCCAUUUGGAGACCUGUGAUGGACCAGUAUCCUCAGUACGAACUAGUGUUGAACUGCAGGCCAAUCAUGUUGGAAAAGGCUGUGAUCGUAAAUCAUACUCAGAUACAUCCUUGCAAAAAUUGUGUGGAGCCUCAUCUGGUGUUAUUGACCUGCUCCCAACACCCAGUGCUGCCACCAACUGGACAGCUGGUCUACCUAUGGACACAAGUGGAAUGAUCUUCAAGUUUGAUGGCAAGCAAGGAGUGAAGAUUCCAGAUGCCAUUGUUCCCAAGAAUCUAACUGAUCAGUUUACUAUCACCAUGUGGAUGAAGCACGGUCCUAGCCCAGGGUUAAGAGCAGAGAAGGAGACAAUACUAUGCAAUUCUGACAAGACAGAAAUGAAUCGUCAUCACUAUGCAUUGUACAUACACAACUGCCGUCUUGUUUUCCUGUUACGCCGUGAUUUUGACCAAGCUGACACAUUCAGACCUGCAGAGUUUCAUUGGAAAUUAGAUCAGAUUUGUGAUAAAGAAUGGCAUUACUAUGUCAUCAACAUAGACUUCCCUCUGGUAACAUUGUACAUGGAUGGAUCAACAUAUGAGCCAUAUCUGGUGACCAAUGACUGGCCAAUUCACCCAUCCCACAUUGCAAUGCAGCUGACUGUGGGUGCUUGCUGGCAAGGGGGUGAAAUCACGAAACCCAAAUUUACCCAGUAUUUUCGUGGCAGUAUAGCUGGACUCACUCUAUGCCCUGGCAAAGUAGAGAGCCAAACAGUUAUUUCCUGCUGGCAGGCCUGCAGAGAAGGACUGGACAUCACUUCUCUGGAAAACAUAGGACAAGGUGUUAAGUACCAUUUCAACCCUUCUCAGUCCGUACUGAUAAUGGAAGGUGAUAUUGACAGCAUCAACCAAGCUCUUCGGAAAGUUUCAUAUAUCAACUCACGGCAGUUUCCGAACACUGGAAAAAGACGACUGAGGGUGUCAUCUAAAGUCCAAUGCUUUGGAGAAGAUAUCUGUAUCACCAUUCCAGACAUCGAAGCAUAUGUUGUGGUUCUCCAGGCUAAUGAACCCAAGAUUACAGUCAAUGGAAUGGAUCACUUUGCUCGUCCAGCUUCAGAAUUUGAGAAUGCAAACGGUGUGAUUUUGCUUCCAGACAUCAGAAUCAUCAGCACAGUCACUAAGAUGGAAAAACGUCUGGAUAAGAAGUCUGGCAAAAGUGCAGGUGCAGUGGUAAUGGAGGAAACUCUACAUCAUUUGGAUUUCUGUGAUGUCUUGGUUAUGGGAGAUGAGCUUAACACCAAACAGGAAUGUCUGGAGCUGGAUCGCAGUAUACUGCAAGGGAAACAUCUUGAUGCCACCAAUUCAACCAAGGGCUAUUCAAUCUAUGGUGUAGACACAAUGAAAAACUAUGAAGAGGCCCUGCAGCAAAUCCGCUAUCGGCACUGGGAUUCUGCUGCUAUCUUUGGCCGAAAGUUCAAAGUCAAAUGCUCUGAAUUAAAUGGACGUUAUACAAGUAAUGAAUUUAAUCUUGAGGUUAAUAUUUUGCAUAAUUCUAAUUACAUGGAGCAUGUAAACCACAUGGUGGUUCAGCCGCAGUUCAUGCCAUCUCUUCAGCUUCCAAACACUGAAGUGUUGGGACAUGAAAGUCGAGUCUCCCCAGGUGCUACAACAAUUGUCCUUGUGGCUUGUAUCAGUAUUUUGGUGAUUAUUGUUGUACUGGGAAUCUUCAGAUUGCGAGCAGUUCACCAACAGGACUUUGCAGAAAAAGAGACAACAAAAGACACUGAAAUGGACUGGGAUGAAACUGCUUUAACCAUCACAGUUAAUCCAAUGGAGAAAUAUGAGACAAAUGUGGCAGGCGAGGGUGAAAGUGAAGAGGAAGAAGAGUUAGAAGAUGAAGACGAUGAUGAGGAGGAGGAAGAAGAAAGCACAAGUGGUGGCGACUCUGAGGAGAGCGAUGAGGAGGAUGUGGACAACCAGGCAAAUUUAAAGCAGCACAGCGCGACACGAAGAGGGCACAUGGAAUGGAAUCAGUUAACACUUACGUACUAAUACUUUCUUCUUCCUAUUCUUCCUUUUGUAAACACAAAUAUUAUUUAUUUCAGAGGCAAAUUAUUUAAAGUGGACCUGUCAUCUACACAUGCUGGAGGCCACCAUUUUGUAAGCUGAACAUAUUUUCAGCCUAUCAAUUCACUAGGAACUAGUGAUAUCACUAAGGGCCGAUGCAUCAUAGUGGCAGCCUCCAUUGUAUGACUGCAUGUAGGUGACAGGUUAGCUCUAAAAACCCUGGAUUCAGUGACAGGAUUAUGAACUACUUAUGGGAUGUCGUCCAUUUCCUACAACAACCUAAACAAAACAAUGGGUUUACCAUACGCUAAAGUUUUGUAAUGAAUGAAGGGAUGUUGUAUAAGUCUAGCUGUUGCUAUAACAUCAACUCUGGGAUGUUAUAGGUGAAAGUGGUAUAUAAUAAUUUUCACACAGCUGACUUUGUGUUUGCCAUCACUGUCAACCCAUUUGCCCUAGAUGAAGAUGUAUUGCAUAUCAUUAAAACAUGUUGGAGAAAAUGAAAAUGUUUAAAAGAAACUCCUCACAAAAAAAUACAUAGGAGGUUAAUGCUGACCCCCUUUUCUUAAAAUUGACUUUAAUACUUUCAGUUUUUAAUGAAGAAAAAAUAUUAAGCAGCACUCCAAAUAAUACAACAAAUAAAAACGUCAAUUUUUUUUACUUGAAAUUUUUUAUCUAGAAAAAGAUGUGGAUAAAGAUUCUCUGUUUUGCUUGUGUAGCUUGUUCUUCAUACUUGUUCUAUGUAUUUGACAUGUAUGUAUUGAAGCAGGUUGCAAAAUAGCAAGUCAACAAUUUUUUUUAGAUGGGAGUCAUUAAUGAAAGCCCCAUAUUUCUGUCAUAAAAAGGUUUAUAUUGUGUUUUGGGCUUGUAAGUCAUAUGAGCAGAUCCUUGCCCUGGCAAAACAUUAAAAAGGGUAAAUAGUAUUUGCAUAAAGAAUUGUGAUACUUGCUUUUUUCCUUUCUCUCCACUUACUGGCUUAACGGCUCAGUGUAGUGUAUAAGGGUUAUACUGUAAAGGUCCUUACAUAUCAGCACUGAUGUUACCUGACACAAAUACAAGGGGGGGGAGUAGUUAAUGUCAGGUCAGUAAGUUUCAAUAUAACCCCAGUUGUAAACCUUCAGCUAUGCCAUGAUAAGUGAUAUGCAGGCCUCCAUGUGGUUUUCCCGGGUGGCACUAGUGUUAUCUGAUGCACAUGCAAGGGAUCUAGUCAUGGUAAUCUCAUCAAGGCUCAGUACACUAUGGCCCCAAUAUAAACCUCCAGCUAUGCCAUAAUAGUAAAUCAGUGGACCUUUUUUUGUUAUUCCUAUGGUUUUGAAAUGCAUGGCACUGGCAUUAUCUGAUGCACAUGCAAGGGGUUAUUAUCAAGUCAGCAAGACUCAGUAUGACCCAAGCUGCAACCCCCAGCUCUGCCAUAAAAGGAAAUGGGGGGGGGGGGGGCUUUAUGUUUUAUUCCUGGGAUAUUAAAUGUUGUCAAAAGUGGAAAAAACAUUGGUGAAAAACAAGGGAUAUAAAGCAAGCAGGAUUCAUUAGAGAAUAUCAAACUUCUAAAAUUUGCAACCUAAUGAUAAUUCUGAGACACUCUGGCCUUUCGAGGAAAUCCCAGUUGUUAAACAUCCCAUAUGUAUAUUUUUGGAUAAAGGUGACAGAUCUUUGUAGAGCCACCAGAAUAUCCCAUAUAGAUCGAUUCAAAUGACAUUUCAGGAACCCAGAGUAGUGAAUUUCUGCUAUGACUGCCUUUCACGGAAAUUUAAGAGCAUAAAUGGGAUUGAAGUAUAGGGCAACACAGAAAUGUCAAACCUACUCUAAAUGAUGAAUGUCCAAGUCGCAAGACCUGUAAGUCCUAUGUAUCUGAUUCGAGUCAUACCAGCGUGUUAUCACCAGCAAAGCUAAAUAAAAACAAUUAUUUAAGACAUAAAUAUCCUAUUUUUUCUAAAAACUGUUAUAUAUAUGGAUAAUUUUAAAAUAGCUAAAACAGAGAUCUUGCUAAAUGAUACUGUCCUUGGGAUACCAAUGCAAAUUCCUCAGAGCAUUUGGGUUGAUGUACUGUAUGAUGGUAAAACUUAAUGGAAUCUUUUCUGUCUGCCCAAGCUGACUUGUAAAGAGGAACAUUCUCCUCCAUUAUGUGGGAGUGGACUGAGUACUGAAAAUGUGCAAACCACCAGCAUGCCAAAGUGUACUGAUUAAAAAUAUGCCUGAUCUACAUGCAAGAAAAUAGGAAUAAAAACCAUGUCCUGUCAGUCAAUCCUCUCAAAUUUUUGUCAAUGCUAUUUUUUCAUACAGGAGAGAUUUUGGUUAUGAAAUUGUACCUAAAUAGUCUUAGUUAUCCCCUUGGCUUCAAAUGUGGCUCCAGUUUGAGGUGGGACCAUUUGGGAGUUUUAAGCCCUACUUGAAUAUCAGUUUCUUGGGAAGGAUUGUUAAGAAUUUUUGCAAACUCUGUUUAUGCAUUUCAGCAUGUAGAAUUGUUAACAAGUUCUAGUUUUAGUAAAAAUUCUCAAUGUCUGUCUACUUAUGUCUGCUAAGCUGGUGAAAGGGACCAUCUGGUGCCAUUUACAGAUUGUGUGGAAAAGUCAGAUGAAUUAUUGCUGUUUAUUUUUGUUUAGCAAAGCUAGUAUUCCCUUGCCAGCAUCGGCUAAAGAAAUUACAAUAAUAUAGUAUAUUAUAUCUUUAAAGAACUGUCUCUAAAGAACUUUAGAAAAAUGUUAUAUUAACUGGUCAGCUGUACCUACGGUUAAUGCACACACAUACUUUAUACAGUUUGUGCAAACAAAAAAAGAUGUACACAAUACAAGGUGCCCAUAAAACCAUAUGUUUUUAUCCAAAAGAAAAUUUAACGAAAAGGUGGAUAUGUUAUCCUUAGAAGGCUUAUCAUCUGAUAAGGCAAAUUUGAAAAAUAACACAUUUGAUUGCUAUGGAUAAUUAUCUUUCAUAAACCAUGUCAUGUGAAGCAGGCCUAAAAAUAUAAAUCCUGCGGAUUUUAUGAUCUUAUAUAAAACAUCCAAGAUCUCAUACUUUAGUCACAUUUAUUUAUUACCGGAACUAUCAAUUGUCCUUAGAUUAAAUAAAUCUGUUAUGGUAUGACCGGCUUAAGAAACUUAAAAGAAAACAUUAUGAACUAUUUAUAAUAUCACUAACCAAUUAUUUUGUAACUUUGCCAUUAUGUUUUGCAUAUAUAUUUUCUAACACUAAUAUAUAUAAGUAGACAAUUCUGUACAAUAAUAAACUUACUGAACAACACAUUUAUUUACAAAGGCAUUCUGAGUCUCUUAAUAAAACAAAAAAUCUUAACUAUGCAUUCACUUAAAUUUUGACAUAAUUCACCUUGUUUAUUAUUUCUCUAAAAGCAAAGCUUUUGCUCACAUAAAUGUUAAUUGUCAUUCAUCCCAAAGAGUAGAUACCUCUAGAUGUCUGCAUGCCAGCAUUUCUUUUCUGUAGAGCACCGGGGUACCUAUGAAACCUGGGCUAAGUUGUAAUGCAGAAAACAAUCAGAUUCUGUGAUCUCUGGUUCUGCCCCAUACCCUCCUGCCCUACUGUUAGCCCACUAACUAAUAGUAACAGGACUUAAGGCUACUGGCUCUGCAGGAAAGCAAAUAUGUCAUUGAUACCAUGCUCUCUAUUUUAGCAAUUGUCAGUUUCUAUUUUUUGCACAUUAAACAAAAACUAUUCUAGGCUGCCUUGUAGUUACCAAUUGUAUUUAGAGUUUUAUUCUCCAAAUGCAAUUUUCAGUCUUAGUUUUUAAUCUGAUUAUUGAGUUUGGGAGAGCUUAGAGCAACUUUUACAUAUAAACAGCCAGCAGCAACUGGUCUUAUGCAAAAAUCUGAUUAUUCAGUGCUUAAAAUCAGGUUCACACUGCUUUGAAGUAAUGUGCGUUACAUGCAUUGGUGAUCUCAGAUGCCAUUCGUUUUAAAUGGAACUCAACGAAUUAAGGCAGCAUGCCACUACUGCAGUGCACUGCAAUGCACUAGUGUGCACUGCAUUCUGUUCCUAUAUACAAGUCAGGUGCUGUUUUGGGUGUGUUUAGAUGCAUUGACAGCCCACUCAAAAUAAACCUUAAUGCAAAACAUGGUAACACACAACUCAAGCAUAAACAUGCAUGCAUAACCAUGCUGGACAAGUGUGAGCCCGGACUUCAUUAUUAUAAGGGUGGCAACUUAUGUAUGAAAGAAUUACAGUAUAUUUGCACUUUCUAUCUGAAUUCACUGUCUAAUCACAUGUACACUGUCUUCAAACUACCAAUAGUACAUAACAAGUUAAAACACAGAGUAAUACAGAGCUUUGUUUUUCAAUGUUGGUAUGACUAUUAGAAGGGACAAGACAAUGUGUGAGGUCAGUCAGCAUCUGGUAGACCUAAUGUGAUUUUCACAUGACCUUUUCCUCUCCAACUGAAACUUUAAGGUCAAAAUUAAACUAAAAACGGGUAAACAGAAAUAUUUCAUAUAGAAACCUGCACAGAUAAAAUAUGUAAGGCUGAACAUUCUGUUUAUUGCAUAAGGGCUCGUUCACACCGAAACAUGGUGCAGGAAAUCUGUGAUCUCUGCUUAUUUCCUGAACAGUAUUCCAAUUGCACUGGGUGUGUGAUCUGCUGUGGGUGUCAAUAGAUUUCUAAUGACACCCCAAAUGCAGAUUGCCUGCACUGGAUUGCAUUGAACCAUGCAAUCUGGUUGCAGUAUGUUUUUAAACGUGGUGCAUGUACUACUUUGGUGCGAUCCAGUGCAAUUUCGGCCUAUUCAAAUGAAUGAGUUACACUGCACUGAAUCACAUAUGAAUUACACAGCCCUGAGUGGUUUUCUUUAAGACAAAAUAUAAAUGGGCCUGUAAAAGAACUUUGACAUAGAAUGCUGACAUUUUUUUUAUAUUAUUGAUAUAUUCUUGUUACUUUUUUGCUAGUAUCUGUGGCCAAUGUUCAAAAUGAGCUCCCACCUCAUUUGUGGUUGUAGUAGAGUCCAAGUUUUGAACUUAAACUGUAUGCACUGUCCAGUACAACCUUAAUAAACUACAAAAGCUGACAUGCAACGGUAUCUUUACAAAACAAUAGAUUUACAGACAAAUCGUUUUUCAAGCAAUAUAUAUUUAUCAUUUUUAUUUAUCAUUUUGUGUGUGUGUGUGUGUGUUAGCUGGAGUUCUGUUCUAAGCAAUUAUGUCUCACUUCUAUGUAAAAUAGCAGUUUUUCUACCAUGAAGAGCAGCUACAAAAUGUACCAAAAUGUUAUAUUAAAUUUGGCAAAGCAAUUGUAAUUUUGCAAAAUAAAUUUUUUGAUGAUUGAAGGAAA